UAUAGAAGCAGUUUUUCACAGUGAAAGUAAAAAUAAUGUUGUAUGGGAACUUCACGGUGGAGUUUCCACCCAAAAUUUUUAAUUGUUAAUGAGUUAAAUUUAGUUUUCUGCAGGCGAAAUCAAAAGAUCAUGAUAUGGUUCUUCAUAUUAAUAACAGUAACAUUAACUGUGGAAAACACCUCAUCGAUGCAUCAAAACAUUAACCAACUCUCACAGGAAAAAACACCCGCAACAGAAACCUUCAAAAGCUACAAAAAGGACCAACCGUACUUCGUAGAAGGCCAAUUCGAGCUACCAAGCAAAAACGACUUCGCAAAAAAUGUCAUGCAACAGGUACUGAUCCCAUUGGUCACCGAACAUUCGCCACCCGUGAUGCCGCAAUUGGAAAAAGUGUUUGUGAAAAACUUGGAGGACAUACACUUUGUAGAGCAAAGGAGUUAUAGUUGUGAUAGUGAGUCGGAAGUUGAAGUGAGGUGUUAUGGAAGUUUCCUAGACAUACCGGAGAAUUUAACUGACGUUUUGGAGAAACUUACUAUUGUGGAUGCUGGUAUCACCACGAUUAAGAGGGAUUCGUUUCUAAGAUAUAGAAGUACUCUCAGAGAUGUGUAUUUGGUUAGUUUACCUCAUCUGUCUUUAAUUGAGGAAGGAUCGUUUGCACUAAUUACAAAUUUAAGGACAGUUUACAUUAAAGAAGCCCCCAAACUUCUACACAUUAAUGGACUAUUAUAUGGAGUUACCUCAAGAAACUUAAAAAAUCUUGGUAUUCUGCAUACUGGAAUAGUGGAAGUUACAAAUUUAUUUUAUGAAGAAAAUAUAAUUGAUAUGGUGGAUUUGGAUUCCAAUAAAAUCGAGAAAAUAUCCACGAACUCCAUAAAAAUUAAUGCAAAUCAAAUGAGCAUGAACUUCAAUGAAAUAACCUCGAUAGAAAACUACGCUUUCAACGGCUCCCAGAUUGGAAAGCUACAUUUUAAUGGCAAUCGCAAACUUAGGACACUUUAUCCGGAAGCGUUUGCUGGGAUGAAAACAUUAAUAGAAUUAGAUCUGUCGUCAACAGGCAUUGAAGCGCUUCCUGUAACAGGACUUGAGGAACUCGAAGUGCUUAAGAUUCAGGAAACGCCUACUCUAAAGACCAUCCCAAGUAUUUACGAUCUUGCGAAGUUAAAAAGAGCCGCCUUGACGCACUCAUUCCACUGUUGCGCCUUCAAAUACCCCGAACAGCAUCAUCCGCAGAAGCACGCUGAAUACCAGCAGAGGAUCAGAAAGUUGUGUCCAAUCGACACCGGCCAGCCGCAGCAGCAGGUGCCGGGGACGCCUGCGACGCCGGCCAAAAGGCGUCGGCGUCGCCACGACAGGAAACCGCGUAGCGAUAGGAACGACGAAGGAAGCGAUGACGCGGAUAAUUGGGGAGAAUCUGUCGGAAACGUGGGAUUAUCGUACGAAAACCAUCAGAGCUUGCACCAGGACGUGCGAAUGGACGACGCGUUGAUCAACGGCUCGAGCGACUGGGGGCAGAACCCGUUGACGGGCAAAACGAUCGCCCACCAAGAGGCCAAACACGAGGAAAAGUGGAACGAGGAGCAGGGAUUCUUUCACAACACCGCAGAACUAGGCGAAAGUAAAGCGAUAGAGGCUUACUGUGGCAAACUGUCCACAAGACCGCCCACGGAAUGCACUCCGGAGCCGAAUGCGUUGAACCCCUGCGAAGACAUAAUGGGAUCAUCCUGGCUCAGGAUAUCUGUCUGGUUCGUUGUGGUCCUGGCCGUUGUCGGGAACUUGGCCGUCGUCAUUGUGGUUUUGUUUAGCGGAACAGAAAUAAACGUCUCAAGGUUUCUUAUUUGCAACCUCGCUUUUGCUGAUUUUUGUAUGGGACUGUAUCUAUUGUUAUUAGCAGCCAUGGAUCUACAUUCCAUGGGCACAUAUUUCAAUUUUGCAUUUGAUUGGCAAUAUGGAUUGGGAUGUCAGCUAGCCGGCUUUCUCACCGUAUUCGCCAGCCAUCUAUCGAUAUUUACCUUGACAGUGGUCACAUUAGAACGAUGGGUGGCCAUCACUUACGCCAUACAUUUGACGCGCAGAAUACGUAUAGGUGCUGCAGCAAAAACAAUGUUAGGGGGUUGGAUUUAUUCAAUCCUGAUAGCAGCACUUCCCGUAUUGGGCAUCAGUAAUUACAGCAGUACUAGUAUAUGCCUUCCAAUGGAAGUAAAUACAAUAGUAGAUAAGGCCUACCUCUACGCAAUGAUUAUAGUAAAUGGUUUAGCAUUUAUAUUAAUAGUAUUUUGUUAUGCACAAAUAUAUUUUAGUUUAGGUUAUGAAACUAGAAGAGCCAACACGAAGGGAGAAAUGACCAUAGCGAAAAAAAUGGCUCUGUUGAUUUUUACGGACUUCGCUACUUGGGCUCCCAUAGCCUUUUUUGGGCUUACUGCGUUGGCUGGGUACCCGCUUAUAACAAUACCCAGGUCGAAAAUACUCUUGGUGUUCUUUUAUCCGUUAAAUGCGUGCGCAAACCCGUAUUUGUAUGCCCUCAUGACUGCCCAAUAUAGAAGGGACUUUUUCCAGAUGAUAUCAAGGUGUGGAUUCAGUAAAAAAGGCCCUUCAAAUUACACAGUGACAACAUCUCUUCGUGUUUCAAAUAAUUCCCAUCCUGUUCCCUUAUUGACAAAAACAAAUGGAAAUUGUCAAUCUGUUAAAACCGAUUUUGAUGAUGUAUAUGUUUAAAAAAAAAUGAGAUUUUUAGCUACAAAUAUUAGAUGUAAUAGCGGGUAGAUAAAGUGUUCCAGCUCCCUUUACCUUAAUCUAAGUCUACCUAAAACAAAAAUGUAAUGUAAUUAAAUUCUUUUACUUAAAACUUAUAAUAUAACCAGUGGAGUUUAAAGGGUGAUCAUCACAUAUGAUGAGUAAUUACUGCCACAUAAAAAAAUAUUAAAGUUAUUGGUUACAAUAAAUACAUUUUUGGUGUUAGAAAUCAAAAAGGUCAUUAGAUUCUAGAAAAAGUUGUGAUCGCACAGAAUACUAUAGAAUGUUUUAAUUUUGUAAAAAGCAUUUUAAAAACAAAUUAUAGUUAGCCAUAAAAAAUAUGUGUACAAUAUACCUAACUAACUCAAAUUGAUUUCUACUACCUCUACUGAAAAGUCUUUUAAAACAUGAAAACUGUUUUAAAAGAUUAAUUAUUAUAUAUAUAUAUUAAUUAUACAAAUUUAUUUU